AUGUAUUUAAUAACAACAUUGCUACCGAAUCAAGUCGAACCGCCACUAAUCAAUCAGAUUUUGCCAAAAGAACUUUUGCUCAGGAUAUUUUCUUAUUUGGACAUUGUAUCAUUGUGCCGCUGUGCUCAAACGUGCAGGUUCUGGAAUUUAUUAGCAUUAGAUGGGAGCAACUGGCAACGAGUGGAUUUGUUUAAUUUUCAAAAGGAUGUAAAGACGCCGGUUGUUGAGAAUUUGGCGAAAAGAUGUGGAAAGUUUCUUAAGACAUUAAGUCUGCGAGGUUGCGAGAAUGUUCAAGAAUCGGCGUUGAGACUUUUCACUCAAAAGUGUCCAAACAUUGAACAUUUGUCGUUGUAUAAAUGUAAACGAGUCACUGAUUCGACCUGUGAGUAUCUUGGUCGUAAUUGUCAUAAAUUGGUUUGGCUAGAUUUGGAAAAUUGUACGGCUAUUUCUGACCAAGCUUUAGAGUCGAUAAGCAACGGGUGCAAGUACUUAGAAGCCUUGAAUAUAAGUUGGUGCGAAAAUAUUCAAGAUAGAGGCGUUCAACAUAUUCUUAAAGCGUGUCGUUGUUUAAGCGAAUUAAAUCUUCGAGGAUGCGAGGGAGUGUGUUUAGCUUUUCAGAUUACUGAAAACGUUUUUGCUGGAGUCAGCGACCGUUGUAAGGAACUGCAUAGUUUAAACCUUCAGGGGUGCUUCAUUAUGGAUAAUACAGUGGCUGAUAUAGCUGCUGGUUGUCCUAAUUUAGAGUACCUUUGUCUGUCGUCUUGUCCUCAAAUAACUGAUCGGUCAUUAUUUGCUCUCGCUAAUAGCUGCUUAUACCUGAAGGACCUUGAACUUGCUGGUUGUGCAUUGUUAACUGACAGUGGUUUUGCUUCUUUGGCAAAAAAUUGUCAUGAGUUGGAAAGGAUGGAUUUGGAAGACUGUUUACUGAUUACCGAUCUUACGCUUGACAGCUUUAGUCGAGGGUGUCCGUGUCUUAUCAAUUUGAGUCUCUCACACUGCGAACUGAUAACCGAUGCCGGUCUACGCCAUUUAUGUUCAAAUCAAAGUCUGAGAGAACGGCUGCAAGUUUUAGAACUUGAUAAUUGUCCUCUAAUCACUGAAGUAUGUCUUGGUUAUAUGAAACAGUUACGUUCAUUACAACGGGUGGAUCUCUAUGACUGUCAAAAUGUCUCUAAAGAAAGCAUUAAACAGUUUAAGAUUGCAAGGCAGGGAGUUGAGGUGCACGUUUACUUCACUCCAGAUGCCCCAGUGGUUCAGGCACAACCGGCUAGGAGUGGUAUUUGUCGCUGCUGUGCUAUUCUGUGA